AUGAUCACCCUCCGCCGCUAUGCCAUCUACGCCGGCAUUGCCAUCUUCUUGCUGCUGUUGACCAUUACUCACUAUCGCCAAGGGAUUGUGUCUCGUAUUCAUUAUUCCUCCAUCUCUCCAACAUCCCCCACCAAACAUAGCGAUGGCAAAUUCCACUGGGAAGAUGUGCCCAUUGAUUAUCCCGUCAAAACGCUGGUAUCCCUUCCCACAGCAAAACCUACAAAACUCCCCAAAGUGCAAUUCGAUUUUCCCCCCGAAAGUGCCCAAGAUGCCACCUUGAGGAAGGAGAGGCGAGAUGUAGUCAAGGCCACCUUUCUCCGAGCAUGGAAGGCGUACAAAGAUCAUGCCUGGAUGCAUGAUGAACUCGAACCCUUAACCGGUGGCUUCAACGAUGGUUUUGGUGGUUGGGCCGCAAACCUGGUUGACUCUCUCGACACCCUCUACAUCAUGGGCCUGCACUCGGAAUUCCAAGAAGCAGUCWACGCCAGCCUCACCAUAGACCUCUCCUCCUGCACCACCGAGACCAUCAAUGUCUUCGAAACGACCAUCCGUCAUUUAGGAGGCUUCCUCUCCGCAUAUGACCUCUCCCAAGACCCCCGCCUCCUCACCAAAGCCUUGGAAUUCGGAGAAAUGCUCCUCAAAGCCUUUGACACCCCCAAUCGCAUGCCCAUCACCCGCUGGAACCCUCAACUCUCCCUCUCCGGCCCUCAAUCCUCCGCAGACCCUACCGUCCUCGUCGCCGAAAUCGGCUCUCUAAGUCUAGAAUUCACCCACCUCUCUCAACUAACCGGCGACAUGCGCUUCUACGACGCCAUCCACCGCAUCACCUCCCUCCUCGCCGCCCAACAAGAAGAAACCCACCUCCCGGGAAUGUUCCCCGUCAGCAUCGACGCCGCAAACGCAGACUUCACCCGCGACACCUUCUUCACCCUCGGCGCCAUGUCCGACAGUCUCUAUGAAUACUUCCCCAAAAUGCACGCCCUCCUCGGCGGUACGGAACCUCUAUACUCCAAACUCUACAAACGCAGCACGGCCACGGCAAUCAAACAUACCCUCUUCAAACCCAUGACGCCCGACAAAGCCGACAUCCUCCUCUCCGGUCCCAUCCAAGUCGAAAUGUCUCAACCCCCCAAAUUAACCCCUCAAAGCUCCCAUCUCGUCUGUUUCGCGGGGGGGAUGUUCGCUUUGGGCGGCAAACUCUUCCAACAACCUCCCCAUGUCGAAAUCGGCCGGAAAUUAACCGAGGGAUGUCUCUGGGCUUACAAAAACAUGCCGUUGGGAAUUAUGCCGGAGAUCUUCAACAUGCUACCAUGUGUGGAGCAGAAGGAAGGAGGGGAAUGUGAAUGGGAAGAGGAGAAAUGGCUUGCAGAGGUCCAUCGCUUAAACCCYGAAAUGAAAGAUCUUCUCCUCCUCCCCCCAAAAGGAAUAACAGCAAUCUACGAUAAACGCUACCUCCUCCGUCCAGAAACCAUCGAAUCCCUCUUCAUCCUCUACCGCACAACGGGCUCCCCACACCUCCUCGAAGUGGCAUGGGAAAUGUUCCAAAAUAUCCUCAACGUCACAACUACAUCUCUCGCAAACGCCGCGAUUGAAGAUGUCACCAUCACAAAGCAGGAAGUGUUGCAGGGAAGCAGCGGGGAGGUGCGAAUGGAUAGUAUGGAGAGUUUUUGGGGCGCGGAGACGUUGAAGUAUUUUUAUUUGGUUUUUGAGGAUACGGGGAGGGUCGGGUUGGAUGAGUGGGUUUUUAGUACUGAGGCGCAUCCUUUUCUUAGGGCUGGUACUUAG